AUGUCUGAUGCAAAAAAUGCUAAGUUCUCUCUAAAUUUUAUGACAAACAAGCAGAGAACAAAAGUUCUAUUCGCAGAAGCCGACAGCAGCUUCACAGAUGUGUUGAUCAGCUUUCUGACAUUGCCGUUGGGAACAAUUAUUAGAAUCCUGAAGCAGCACUAUGGAGAAGAAGCAUCAGCACCCGUCUUCGGAUGCUUAAACACUUUGUACAACGGCUUAUCGAAUCUCGACGUUAAUUAUUUCUGGACCGAGGGUUGUAAAGAGAUGCUUUUAAAUCCGAUAAGUUCGUUCGAAGCUGAAUAUCGUAAGCUGAAACUCGAUAUUAAUGAAACUAUGCCCGCUGAGUAUUUUAUUUGCGAAAGCCCGAAAUGCGGUCGAAAGUACCCGAAAAUCUUACACAUGAAAAGCGUGUACUAUGAUACCGCCACAUGCGUUUGUGGAGCGAUAAUGACAAGAAAUGUAGUUACUAAUAAGGAGUGUCAAGCUGAUGUUAAUUGUGGUGGAGUUUUUACGGUAAGUACGGAAUCUUUCGUAAUCUCCGAUGAUCUUCGGGUAUUUCCUAAUACAAGAGGAUUCACUCAAACCCUAAGAAAUCUUGGCAUUACUAACAUGGAUUUAGGGGAGCUGAGACAUGUAACUUUUGGAUUUAGUGAGAUCAUGGAUUUACUCAAGGGAUCAUUACUCUCCCGAACUCCGUUGACCGAUAUCAUACUCGGUAAACGGAAGAUGGAGUACUACGACGUCAAAAUAAAAUCCGAACCAGGAAUUUUAUGUCACGAGAUUGACAAAGAAGAAAAUUCUUACUCCAAGAAGAUGAUUUUGAAAGUGAUGGUGCAAAAAUCCACCAAUAAGUUCUUGUUUGCUCAAUCAAACGAAGAUUUCGUCGACUUUCUUUGUUCGUUACCGGCCAUUCCUCUUGGAGGAGUUGAGUACCUUUUGGGUAGUAACAGUUGUUUUACAUGCGUAAGCAAUUUGUACAGAAGCGUAGCGGAUAAUAUCGACUACAAGUAUCUCGAGACUUUGAAGAUCAGGCUAACGAAACCUCGGCUAGUUCAUGGUUAUAUGUCUGAAAACCAGAUUCUUCCUCUACGUGAAGAAAGUUUUACUCCUACCUAUUGUGCCGAGUUUUCUUCUGUCAAGUUCUUACAAGGCCAAGGAAAAUAUGUGCAGGGAUCAACAAUGUAUAACAUAACUGAUGAUUUAACUGUCACACCUUAUUGUAUUGAAACGGAAAUCCCUUCAUCCGAUAUCAAGGAGCUGGAGUUUGAGAUUGGGUUUGAAGAGGGUUUAAGCAUACUGAAGGCAUCUGUUACAACCACUUCUGCUCUAACCAAUAGCUUGAAGAUUAAUCCCAUAAUAAAGAAGGAGCCAAAGCAAGAACCCUAA